AGAGGGUUUAAAAUGUGUUUGCUGAAACUGUCUUCGUUGUAGAAGACAAUGUCGAGGCAAGUACAUAUAUAUUAAAUCUCCCCCGUUUUGCGUCAUAGAUGGCGAGGAACUACAACAGGUCUUGGUCAGCUCAAACUCCUCUCGACUCACUAGCCGUCUUGUAUAAAGCCCUUUGUAUAGGACAUGCAGCUGCUCGCUUCUCUUUUCUCUUUACAAUGGCACAUUGGAAAAACUAUUUUUCCUGCUUCUUCCCACCAUGCUUCGUUUUACCAUUUAUCUACAUCUCCAUUCCUGGCAACUCUACGUUUUCAAAGGCCCUCUUUUCGGGAGGAUCGCCGUGAAUCCAAACUUUUAAAGAAAUACUUCAAGUGUUUAUCUUCAUUUAUGUUAGAUUUUUUACCUCCCUGCUUAGAAAGCUGGCUGGGCACUCAAAAAAAGUUUUCCCUCUUCCUCUUCCGUUCGGCAGCGUAUAUAUCAGGUCUGUGUGUUCGGCCGACAUGUUUUACUAAUUAAUAGUCUCUUUUUUCUUUUCUCUUCUUCUCUCUUUGUGUGCUGAUAUAGUUGUUGUGUCACUGCUCUCCAUCGUGCGGCAAUUACUCUGCGUUUAUUUUUCUCUGAUAUUCGCUGCUUGUGUGUGGGUUUUUUUUCUGUGUUUUUGCACGCAUCGUACUUUUACUACCUGCGCCUUUUGUGUAGCGGUUUUUACCGUUCUUCCCACACUUCUUCUUCUCUUUCUUUCCUCUUCUCUCCUCUCUCUUGUUUUGCAGGCGUUGAUGAGCUUCCAAGUAUCUCUGAAGUUUUACAUGUAGCGGUGCUCUUUUUCUCGUUUUCUUUUUCUUGCCUUCCUGAACGUUUUUCUUCCACCACCUUGACUAUUUUGCGUUCUGUUUCCUGUAGACUCUUGUUCUUUUUAUUCACUGGUUGAAUGACGAAGAGCGACAAAAAACCCUCCGUAAGCAUUGGCGUCGAAAACAAGAAGAAAAGGCACCUCAUGCGCCGUCUUUUCUCUUUUCCUUCCCCGAGGCUCUACGCAUUUAGGCCACGUUUCAGCUGCUUUGCUGCGAUGCCGUGGAACGACAGGAAGGUUUUCUCUGGUGUAGUGAAGGGGGUGCGUACCCGCUUGGCCGGCCUUGUCGUAUUCGCGAACAACGCACGUGCAAAUGUCUCGAACUGCGUAUCGCGCUAGGUCGUCCUGGCGACGAACAGUACAGCCCAUGUCUCAUACGCGUGCACACGCACACUCCGAGCGCUGAAACCCUUGCAGUUUACCAACUUCUGGCGUUCUUGUUUCUUUUUUUUUCGAUCUUCAUGCCUGACGGUUUAUGACGGAAACACUUCCAUCUACUUCGUUCCCUCCCCUCUUUUUCUCUUCUCUUGUUUAUUAUUUUUUUCCUGAACCUUCUAAAGUUCAGCAUUGCAAAGGGACCUCGUUCUGCUCUUUGACGUCCUCCACGACACUUGUUGGAGCGGCUCGAGAAAACGAACGACGGCUCAAGAAAAAGGAGCUCGAAAAGACGCUUGCCUCUUUCAGGGUUUUGUCCUUUUCUCCUCUCUUUUUUUCUUCCUUUGCGACUCCACAAAUCAGAGCAAAAAGGAGUGAAUUAAACACGUUUAAGUCCACAAUUGUACGUAUAGAGCUGCUCUCUAUUUUCAAUAUCCAUUAAGGUGUCUUUCCUUUUUUCUAACAAGGUUUUAAGGUGAAUAUAAACACAGACACGCACACACACACACAUCAAUUAACGAGGAGGAAAUCAACCACAACCUGCGCCGUUUUUCUCUCCAUUAAAAGGCACCGAUGGCCUCAUUAGCUCCUCAGAUUCUGGCGGCUCUUGCUGCGGCAUCUAGUCCUCAGCAGGAGACCCGUCAGCAGGGCGAGGCGCAGCUGCAGCGGCUCAAGUCCAACGCGUCCGCGUACUUCUCCAGCUGCGCGGAAAUUCUCGUUUCCCAGCAAGCAGACCUGCGGGGGCGGCAGCUGGUUGGCUUCCAGCUCAAAAAUAACCUCGCCAACCCGGCGUGUGCGCAAAACGCGCAUCUGCAGACGGCCGUGUGUGAGCACGCCAUCGUCGAUCCCCAGCGCAUUAUCCGCAACGUGGCUGGCAGCAUCAUCAGCGUCGCCGUACGCGAGGGCCUGUGGCCGGCUCAACCGGUGGUGCAACGCCUGGGCACCAUCGUCACACAGCGUAGCACGGACCUCGGUGCGGUGCACGGCGCCAUCCGCACGCUGUCCUACAUCGUCGAUGACGCCGGUACACUGCUGGAUGCUGCGGGGCUGACAAAGCCCGUGUUAAUGGCGGUGGUGCCUUUUCUCACGGCCACCACCUUCGGCACCACCGCCCCAGACGCGGUCGAAGUCCGCAUGAAGGCGUUGGAGAUUGUGUCGCUCAUCUUGGAGCUGGCCGGUAUGGACUUCGAGAGCAACACGUACAAGAGUCUGCAGGGCAACGUGCGCACGGUGAUCCAGGCCUGCUUUGAGAACCUGCAGACGCCCAUCUCCCAGGCCGUGGCGACGCUGUGUAUCCGCUGCAUCGUCCUCUCUCUCACCUUUUACAGCGAGAUCGACGAUGCGCUCUUCACCCAGAUUGGGCAGCUCAUGUACCAGGCGACCACCGCCGGCAACGGGGCCGCCCCUGCAAACGCUGAGGAGGAGGCGCUGCGCAUCGAGGCGACGGAGUUCUGGCGGGCCAUUUUGCACUUUCCCCACUUCGCCGAGGUGGCUCAGCCGACCGUGGUGCAAAUCCUCCCCGUACUGAUCCGUGCGAUGAUCUACUCGGAUAUGGAGAUGGGUAUGCUGGAGGCGAGCGCGGAGGACUGGCAGGUGCCCGACAAGGCGGACGCGAUUCGGCCGCGGCACUACUCGGAGCACCGCAACAACGACGCGGGCAGCGGUGAAGAGGGCGGCGAGGAGGGGGACGAGGGUGACGAUGAUGACGAGGUGGAGGAGUGGAACCUGCGCCGUGCGUCGGCCCUCACACUGGACGACUUGAGCGAGUACUACGGCGACGCUAUUUUGGAGACGGUGCUGUCGUGCAUCGCCAGCAUGAUCCGCUCGUCGGACUGGCGGCAGCAGGAGGCAGCGGUGCUGGCGCUUGGCGCCUCUUGCGAGGGCUGCUUCGACUCCCUCACCCGCUACCUGCCGGAUAUCUGCCCGAUGCUGCUGCAGCUGCUCGAGGCAAAUGACACGCACUUCCUCGUCGUCAGCAUCACGCUCUGGACCAGCACGCGUCUCGGGUCCUUUUUCCUGGCCACGCCGGCGUUGAUGGAGCGGUUGAUGACCUGCAUCCUGCGCAAGAUGGAAAACCCGUCCAAGAUGGUGCAGGGUGGUGCGGUGGAGGCGCUGAUGGAGAUGCUGUCCAAGGCGGAGGAGGGUCAGAUGGACGUGGCGGCCCCUGCGAUUGUGCAAUCUGUCGCGACCUGCUUUGGUGCGUACCAGCUGAAGAACCGCGUGUUGCUCUUUGAGGCGGUGCAGACGGUUUGUCAGAGCCUCGGCGGUGCUCUGCGCAGCAACGAGUCCCUCAUCUCGACUCUUAUGAACCCACUCUCGCAGUUCUGGUCGCAGACGCCCAACGACAGCUGGUUGCUUUGGGGCCUCUUCGAUUGCAUGGCGAGUGUCUGCUCCGCCGUUGGACCGGCGAUGCAGCCGAUGGCCGGCGAUAUCUUCCACCGCGGCUUCUCUCUGCUGCGGGAGCACCUGCAGUUGCGCAUGGCCGCGCUGCAGGCGGGCGACGUCCCUCCCGACGACGAGUUCAUCGUGACCUCAGCGAUUCUGCUGAGUGGACUUUUUGACGCCAUGGGCUCCGGUCUGGAGCCGCUGGUGGCGCAGAACGAGCCGGCUUUCAUGCAGGUUUUGUUGAUGACGCUGUCCGAUGCCGUGCCCGCCAUUCGCCAGAACGGCUUCUCCCUCGUGAGUGACGUGGCGCGGACGUGCCCGACCCACUUGCAACAGGUGCUGCCGCAGUUCUGCGAGGCGGCGGUGCGCAACGCCUCCACGGUGGACGAGUCGAGUUACGGCGUCGUGAGCAACGUUGCGUGGGCCCUGUGCAACUUGCUGGAGCACCAGGUGGACGGCUCGAACUUGCCGACGGUGCAGUCAAUGCCGGCCAUGGCGCAGCUCUUUUCCCUCUUUGCGAACUUUCUGGGUCGCACGAAGGUGACGGCUGACAUGCGCAACAUGGCCGAGAACGUGUCGCUGUGUCUUGGUGUGAUGCUCUACGUGGACGCCGAUGUCGAGGCGAAGGCGCAGUGCAGCGUGCAGCUCUUUGCCGGAUCGUUCUGCCGCUUCGUGCGUAACAUCCGCGAGUCCUCCUCGCUGCUUGAGGCGGCAACGUGCGGCUUUUUGACGGCGGUGCAGCAGAACCCGGCCAUUGUCCUCAACAACCUCUCUCUCUUCUGCGACUUGGCCUGCUCAGUCGCCGUGGAGGGUGUGGAGGCGAGCCGCAUGAUCCGCGACCUGCUCAGCGGUGCUGCCAGCGCAAAUCCCGCAACGUGGCAGCAGGCGCUCUCCUCUAGCACGGUGCAGACGCGCAAGAAGCUGUAUCAGCUUUACGGUCUGCAGUGA